AUGACCAAGCGGACCCGGCACGCGCUUACCGCUAAGGAGAAGCUUCAUUGGCUGGCCAUGCUGGAUUCUCAGUCAGAUCUCAGCAUCCGCGGCUUGGCGAGGCUCGCCAAGGUGCAGCCAAAGCAGAUCCGCGAGUGGAAGAGGCUUAAGGAGCGCCUCGAAGAGGCAGAGGAUGGUCCCCUCCCCAACCCGUUCUACGAAGACCUCGCAAACGCCCCUGAGCCCGCAGCCACCGAGGGGGAGGAGGAGGAAGAGGCUGAGCCUGGGCUUGAUGGGGAGGCGGAUGGGGUGGCUGCUGCAGCAGAGGGGCUUGAGGCGACAUCCUUGGAGGAGGAAGAUGAGGCAGACGAGGUGAUGGGAGAAGCUGACGAAUGGAGCGACGAUGGGGAGGAGUGGUGGGCCCCUGGCCGCUUUGAUGGGGAGGAAGUGGAGGAGUGGGUGGCAGGCCAGGAGUAG